CUCGGCACGUCUCAUGACUUCAACCCUCUCCCUCCCUCUCUCUCUCCCCCUUCUUUCGUUUCUCUAUCCCCUCUCUCUCCCCUCUCUCUCCCCCCUCUUUCGCUUCUCUAGCCCCUCUCUCCCUCCUCUCUCCCCCCUCUCUCUUGCUCUCUCCCAACUCUGUCUCCCCCCUCUCUGCCCCUCUCUCCUCCUAUCUCCCCACUCUCUCUCCCUCCUCUCGUUUCUCUAUCCCCUCUCUCUCCCCCUCUCCCCCCUCCACCUCUCUCCCCCUCUCUCUCCCCCCUCUUCCCCCUUCUCUCUCCCCUCUCUCUCCCCCCUCUCCCCAACUCUCUCUCCCCCCACCACUCUCCCCCCUUUCGCUUCUCUAGCCCCUCUCUCCCUCCUCUCUCCCCUCUCUCUCUCCCCCCUCUCCCAACUCUCUCUCCCCCUCUCCCCACUCUCUCCCCCUCUCUCUCCCUCUCUCCCAACUCUCUCUCCCCUCUCCCCCCUCUCUCUCCCCCUCUCUCUCCCCUUUCCCCCCUCUCUCUCCCCUUCUCUCCCCUCUCUCUCCCCCCUCUUUCUCCCCUCUCUCACCCCUCUCUCCCCCUCUGUCCCUCCUCUUCCCCCCUCUCUUUCUUCCCUCUCUCUCCCCACUCUCUCGCCUCCCCUUCCUUCCCCUUCUCUCUCUGUCCCCGCCCACCUGCGGUCAGGAAGAUCCCACGAGCACUCCGUCCCGCCGUCGUCCGAUGGUCUCCGUGAGCGCCUCGCCAGCCCGCGGACUUCCCGUCCCCACCAGCACCCCCACCUUCUUCUACCUUCCCCAGCCCCACCCCGAUGUGAACACCCCGCCUCCCCCGAAACUCGGGAGGGAUUUGUUGAGGUGUGGUGGGUGGGGGGAGGGAGGUGGGGAUGGGGAGCGGGGAGAGAUACGCGAAAACGGAAGCGGGAACCCCUUUUACCCUGGGUACGUUUCACAAUAAUUCACACACAAGAGGUGUUAAAACUAUAUAAACUCAAAGAGAAAGUGAUUAAAUUAAAGGACGCAUGUAUAUUAUGA